CGGUGUCUGAUGACGUGUUGCCUGGGAAGCGCGGGCGGAAAGGCCCGCGCCGGGCGAAGGUGAAGUUCGCUCCCGGUAUCCUCCCCCUGAGCCGGGUCCUUUCCGAAGGAGGAAACAAGUUGAAAGUGGGGGGGGUCGAGUGCCGUUCCACGGGGAAGCGUCGCCUCCGCUCAGCGGUGCACACACAAUGGACUCAGUACCUGCCACUGUGCCUUCUGUCACCGCUUCCCCGGGGGACGCGGAUCUUCUGGGACCCCUGUCGGUUCUCUACGCAGCCCUCUUAGCCAAGCUACUGGAGCUAGUUGCUACAUUGCCUGAUGAGGUUCAGCCUGGGCCUGAUUUUUAUGGAUUGCCAUGGAAGCCUGUACUUAUUACUGCCUUCUUGGGAAUUGUUUCAUUUGCCAUUUUCUUCUGGAGAACUAUUCUUGUUGUAAAGAAUAGAGUAUAUCAAGUCACUGAACAGCAAAUUUCUGAGAAGUUGAAGAAUAUCAUGAAAGAAAAUGCAGAACUUGUACAAAAAUUAUCAAAUUAUGAACAAAAGAUCAAGGAAUCAAAGAAACAUGUUCAAGAAACCAAGAAACAAAAUACGAUUCUCUCUGAUGAAGCAGUUAAAUUUAAGGAUAAAAUCAAGAAACUUGAGGAAACUAAUGAACUUCUAGAUGAUACAGCUCAAAGUCUGCGUGUCAUGUUAGAAUCAGAGAGAGAACAGAAUGCUAAGAAACAGGACUUGAUACUGGAAAACAAGAAAUCUAUAGAGAAGUUAAAGGAUAUUAUCUCAGUGAAUGCUUCAGAAUUUUCAGAGGUUCAGAUUGCUCUUAAUGAAGCUAAACUUAGUGAAGAGAAGGUGAAGUCUCAAUGCCAUCGAGUUCAGGAAGAAAAUGCUAGGCUUAAGAAGAAGAAACAGCAGCUGCAGCAGGAAAUCAAAGACUGGAGUAAAUCCCAUUCUGAGCUCAGCGAGCAAAUCAAAUCAUUUGAGAAGUCUCAGAAAGAUUUGGAAGUAGUUCUUACUCACAAAGAUGAUAAUAUUAGUGCUCUGACUAAUUGCAUUACACAGUUGAAUCGGUUAGAUUGUGAAUCUGAAUCUGCAGGUCAGAGCAAAGAAGGAAAUGAGUCAGAUGAAUUAGCAAAUGGAGAAGUAGGAGGUGACCAGAAUGAGAAGAUGAAAAAUCAGAUCAAGCAGAUGAUGGACAUUUCUCGGACACAAACUGCAAUAUCAGUAGUUGAAGAGGAUCUAAAACUUUUACAGUUUAAGCUUAGAGCCUCGAUGUCCACUAAAUGUAACCUGGAAGACCAAAUAAAGAAAUUAGAAGAUGAUCGCAAUUCACUGCAGUCUGCCAAAGCUGGGCUGGAAGAUGAGUGCAGAACCCUGAGGCAGAAAGUGGAAAUUCUGAAUGAGCUCUAUCAGCAGAAGGAGAUGGCUCUCCAAAAGAAGCUGAGUCAAGAAGAGUAUGAGCGGCAAGAAAGAGAGCAGCGGCUGUCAGCGGCGGAUGAGAAGGUGGUCUUGGCUGCGGAGGAGGUGCAGACCUACAGGCGGAGAAUUGAAGAAAUGGAGGAUGAAUUACAGAAGACAGAGCGCUCAUUUAAAAGCCAGAUUGCUACUCAUGAGAAGAAAGCUCAUGAUAACUGGCUCAAGGCUCGUGCUGCAGAAAGAGCUAUAGCUGAAGAGAAAAGAGAAGCUGCCAACUUGAGACACAAAUUAUUGGAAAUAACCCAAAAGAUGGCAAUGCUGCAAGAAGAACCAGUGAUUGUAAAACCAAGACCAGGAAGACCCAACACCCAAAACCCUCCAUGGAGAGGUCCUCUGAGCCAGAACGGCUCCUUCGGCCCGUCUCCUGUGAGUGCUGGCGAAUGCUCCCCCCCGCUGCCAGCAGACCCUCCUGCGAGACCUCCGUCUGCUACGCUCCAUCGGAGAGAGAUGCCAAGAAGUGAAUUUGCAGAUCCAGGAUCGGGUGCAGCUCCUGCAGGGAACAGCAGCUCGAGAAGCUCUUCCCCCGCUAAGGUGGUGGAUGAUGGCAAGCAAACUGUUUCCCAAGAGCCUGAAGGGCCUGCAGCUCCCAGCAAUCCAUCUGUGGCUGAGCAUCCAGUGGCAGCUAAUAUGGCAGCAAAAGGGCCCCCUCCUUUCCCAGGGGUGCCCCUCAUGAGCUCCCCCAUGGGAGGGUCUCUACCACUACCACCGUCCAUCCGAUACGGACCACCUCCUCAACUCUGCGGGCCUUUCGGGCCUCGGCCACUUCCUCCACCGUUCGGUCCUGGUUUGCGCCCACCACUAGGCUUAAGAGAAUAUGCACCGGGCAUUCCACCUGGGAAACGGGACCUGCCCCAUGACCCUCGAGAAUUUUUACCAGGACACACACCUUUUAGACCUCUAGGCUCUCACGGCCCAAGAGAGUACUUUAUUCCUGGUACCCGAGGACCACCUCCAACCCAUGGCCCCCAGGAUCAUCCACCUUCACCUGUUGCAAAAGACGUACUGCCUUCUGGCUCUAGAGAUGAGCCCCCAGCUGCUGCUCGCGGCAGCAGCCAGGACUGCUCACCGGCUUUCAAGCAGAGCCCGUAACUGUGACUCUGACGUUAGUCUGAGACGAAGGAGACUGCACUGUUCAUUACAGUAACGGAUUUCAUUGGCUUCAACAUCCAAAAGUUUAUUUUAAGAGGUUUGUUUUUAGAAAUAGCUGCUCUGGCAGUGUGCAUUUUUUGAGCCAAUUAAAAAAUACCAUUUUCUCUCCCAAAUAAAAAUCACCUUGUAAGCUAGAGCCUCCUUACAACUUUGAAAUGUGCAAUAAAUAAAUACCUGUGUUUUAGUUAAUGUAGCAUAUGUAACUACUAAAUGAUUUAGAAUGUCAUGAAAAAUACAAACAUUUCCUGUGGAAAUGCUAUAAGAACAUGUAUUUCCAUUUAUUCUAUUUUUAAUAUACAACAGUUGAAUACAGAGCAAGAGUGUUUAUGAGCUUGUGUGGUUUUUUAAAAAUAAUUGAUCAUAAAGACUUAUGCUAAAAAUGUUUACUAAAAUAUCACUAAACUAUCUCCCCUCUUGCUGAAAUUCUUUGUAGUAACAGAUCAUAAAACUUUGGUUAUUAAUAUUUUCCAAGUGUCCGUCGAUUCAUUGGAUUUUUCUCCUAAGAUGUGCCAUUUCGGAAACACGUAAUCUCAUGCUUCCAGAACUGAAAAUGGUGACUUGGCAGCACAUGGCCUUUUGCUCACUGCUUGAGAGGUUCAACCCUAGUCACCUGGGAAUGCCACAACUGAUGUCUUCCUUUUCCUGCAAAAGUCAGUGGGCCCGUUUGUACAGCAUUCGCAUGCUUGCUUGGGACUUUCAUUGCCUCGUGGAGAAUAGUUUCUUGAGUAUGAGUUUGUAUUAAUAGCAAGAGUUGUUUGACCUGAUGUUCUGUUGUUUUACCAUUCCUGCAUUAAAGGGUACGUAACAGAAAAUUGAAGAUGUACUGUGACCAGAAAAGGCAAUUUCUUUUUAAAAAUGUACAGUCUGUUACCCUCAUACCUAGCCACUAAUUUUCAAAGAAUAUGGCAGAAAAGAUCAGAAGAGUAUAAUACUGUUGAGAAUUAUUUGGAUUGUGAGGCUUGUAACAUGCCUUAGUUCAGCAACCAGGGGCUGAACUGUUCUUUUUGCUUGAUACUACUUCAAAAUUCGUAUUUGAACAUUUGCUGAUUUUUAAAAUAUAAGCACCAA